AUGCCUCGCGGAUACGGUAUUGCCGACACCAAGAACUGGACCGACUUCAAGGUCCACGAAUUCGAUCUCAAGAAGGAGACCGACGACGAUGUCGAUGUCGCCAUCACCCACUGCGGUGUCUGCGGCUCGGAUGUCCACACCAUCUCGGGUGGCUGGGGCCCCCUCUCGCACGACUUCUGCAUUCCCGGUCACGAGAUCAUCGGCACCGCCAUCAAGGUUGGCAAGAACGUCAAGGGCAUCAAGGUUGGCGACCGCGUCGGCGUCGGUGCCCAGGUCGACUCCUGCGGCGAGUGUGUGCCUUGCAAGGACGAGGAGGAGCAGUACUGUCAGGGAAAGAACGGCAAGGGCAUGGUCGACACGUACAACAGUGUGCACCACUGCGGUACGCAAGCCCAGGGCGGAUACAGCACGCACAUUCGUACCCAGCAGCAGUUCGUCUUCCCCAUCCCCGAGGGUAUCAAGUCGGAGCACGCCGCUCCCAUGCUUUGUGGCGGUCUCACCCUCUUCUCGCCGCUCAUUCGCAAUGGCGCUGGUCCCGGCAAGCGCGUCGGUAUCGUCGGCAUCGGCGGUCUGGGCCACUUUGGCGUGAUGUUUGCGCACGCACUCGGUGCCGAGGUGGUGGCCAUCUCGCACUCGCCGCGCAAGCGCGAGGAUGCGCUCAAGAUGGGUGCGUCCGAAUUCGUCUCGACGGGCGAGAACCCCAAGUGGGCCGAGGAGUACAAGGAGAAGCCCUUUGACCUCAUCAUCAACACGGCCUCGUCCAACGCUGUGGACCUCGCCUCGAUCCUGAGCACGCUCAAGGUGCACGGCCGCCUCAUUUGCGUCGGCAUGCCCGAGGACGUGUUCAAGGUGCGCAUCCAGAACUUUGCCGGCAACGGAUGCCUCAUGGGCUCCUCGCACAUCGGCUCCAAGAAGGAGGCGCUCCAGAUGCUCCAGCUCGCCGCCGAAAAGAACAUCCAGCCCUGGGUCGAGGUGCUCCCAAUGAAGGACUGCUCCAAGGCCGUCAAGCGCGUAGAGGACAACGACAUCCGCUACCGCUUCGUCCUCGAGCAGGACAUCGAGAAGAACUGA